UGCCAAAGUGUGAUAAGAAUUCUGCGUGGAUAAUAAACGCAAAGAACAACAAAUUCAUUUUCAGUUUUUCUUUUGAUACGUCAACUAAAUCACAUCUAUUUUAUGGUAAUUUAGAAUCUAAUAGAUAAGAUAAGAUGUAUACAAGAUUGCUGAGACAAGUUCUUACAUUAAGAACUUACAGCACGAAAGCAGAUACGAAGGUGCAAUUGCGACCGAUCAACAAAAUUCUGAUAGCCAAUCGUGGUGAGAUCGCAUGUCGUGUAAUACGUACUGCAAGACGACUUGGUGUACGCACCGUUGCCGUUUACUCUGAUCCUGAUGAGCAUUCAUUGCACGCAUCACUCGCAGAUGAGGCAUUUCGCGUUGGAGAGGCCGCAUCAGCAUCCUCUUAUUUACGCGGUCAGCACAUAAUUGAUAUUGCCAAAAACGCUUCUUGCCAAGCAAUACACCCCGGCUAUGGCUUUCUCUCUGAGUCUGUGGAAUUUGCGGAACUAUGUCAGCGUGAAAAUAUUGUUUUUAUGGGUCCACCAAGUACGGCUAUACGUGAUAUGGGCAUCAAAAGCACUAGUAAGGCCAUUAUGGAUGCUGCCGGUGUGCCCAUCAUCAAUGGCUAUCAUGGCGAGGAUCAAAGUGAUGAGCGUUUGCAAGUAGAGGCAGAAAAAAUCGGGUUUCCCCUCAUGAUUAAAGCAGUGCGUGGUGGUGGUGGCAAAGGCAUGCGCAUUGCAAAUACAAGUGAAGAAUUUCUGACAGCACUCAAUUCAGCGCGCAAUGAGUCGCAGAAAUCAUUCGGCGACAGUUCGGUGUUGUUGGAACGUUAUGUACGUUCUCCACGACAUGUUGAAGUGCAAGUAUUCGCCGAUCAAUAUGGAGAUGCGGUGUAUUUGUGGGAACGUGACUGUUCAGUGCAGCGGCGGCAUCAAAAAAUUAUCGAGGAAGCACCGGCUCCUGGUCUAUCCGAACAACUACGGCGUGAAUUGGGUGAAGCUGCAGUGCGUGCCGCCAAAGCUGUGGGCUAUGUUGGCGCUGGCACGGUGGAGUUUAUCAUGGACAAAGAAGAUCUUUCAUUUCACUUUAUGGAAAUGAAUACGCGUCUGCAGGUGGAACACCCAAUAUCGGAAAUGAUCACUGGUACCGAUUUGGUUGAAUGGCAAAUACGUAUUGCGGCCGGUGAACGCUUGCCCCUGACCCAAGAGGAAAUCGGGCGAAAUGGGCAUGCAUUUGAAGCUCGUAUUUAUGCUGAAAACCCACGUGGUGGAUUUUUACCAGGUGCAGGCCCCUUACGUUAUCUUGCCACACCACAACCAAACGAGUUUGUACGCGUUGAAACUGGCGUACGCGAAGGUGACGAGGUGUCCGUACAUUACGAUCCAAUGAUAGCCAAGCUAGUUGUUUGGGGCGAAAAUCGUACACAAGCGUUGAAUAGCUUGAUUGCGCGACUGCGUGAAUAUCAUAUCACCGGUCUUGAAACAAACAUCAAUUUCCUCAUUGAUUUGGCUGCUCAUCCAGAAUUCCAGCAGGGCAAUGUUCAUACCGGUUUUAUUGAUCAGCAUUUUGAUACACUAUUUCCACCUAUCGAAAUCAAAGUUGAGCAACUUUGUAAGGCAGCUGUCGCCUUGGUACUCAAUGAGAUGCAAGUCUUCGGCAGCAACGCCAGCAAAAACGAUCCAUUCAUUGCAACACUAAAUGGACGUUUAAAUUAUUCGCUGAUUAAAAGCUACCAACUGAAAGCGAAUGAUAAAGUCUACAAUGUAAAAGUGCGCUAUGACAAGUCCUCCUUGCAAGUACAAGUCGAUAAUGAUGCGUGGAAGAGUAUAAAAUCCGAACGCAUUGCCGAUGGCGACCGAUUGAAAAUCAGAGCAAAUAUUGAUGACAGCAUUUCAACAUAUAAUGCCAAUAUUGAUGGUACAGAAGUGACACUCUUUUUAGAUAAUGGCAAAUUGAGUUUUGAGCUCGUCCAGCCGAAAUUUUUAAGUGCACUCUCCGAACAACACAGUGGCGUCGGUGGCAACAAAAUAGUCGCACCAAUGCCAGGCGUUUUGGAAAAGGUAUUGGUCAAACCUGGUGAUAAGGUGAAAAAGGGCGACAGCCUAGCAGUGCUGAUAGCAAUGAAAAUGGAACACAUUCUUAAGGCACCACAGGACGCCAAAAUUAAGUCAAUUGGCGGUGCCGAAGGCGAUAAUAUUGCUAAAGGUGCGGCAGUUAUUAUCUUUGAGGACGAGGAAGCUGAAUAAAAUUCGAAGUGCUGAAUUGUUCAACAAUCGUACCAGAGAAAAUUGCAUUUACACAACUAUACAGUGAAUAAAUAUAUAUUUUUUUAUUGUGGUGACUACAAA